AUGGAUAUGAACGCGGUCGUCGGGCCCAACGGCUCAGGCGUGCGAACGGCGCGCCUGCGACGCCGCUGCGUGCAUCGCGCCGACGCCUGCCCCCCGCCUCGCGCAGGCAAGUCCAACCUGAUGGACAUGAUCGCCUUUACUGUGGGCCUCUCCUCCUCGGAUCUGCGAGGCAAGACGCUCAAGGACCUGGUCUACCGCAACAGCCCCGACGAGGACAUCUCCGAACGAGGUGCCUCCGUCUCGCUGGUCGUCACGUGCGACGGCGCGGAGACGCGCUUCACGCGGAGCAUCACCCCGGCGGGCGUGGGAAAGUACUCGGUCAACGGCAAGACGGUCAGCGCGCAGGCGUACGACGAGAAGCUCAAGACGUUCGGCGUCCUCUCCAAGGCCCACAACGGGUUCCUCGUCUUCCAGGGCUACGUGUCCGAGCUGGCGCAAAAGUCUGCCAAGGAGCUCUCGAAGCUGUUCGAGCAGAUCUCGGGCUCCGAGGAGCUGACGGAGGAGUACGACGCACUCGCCGCCGAGAAGAAGCGCGCCGAGGAGGAGCAGAUCUUCAACCAGCAGAAGAAGAAGGGGCUCGCGCAGGAGCGUCACUUUAAUUUAUUUAAUUAA